AUGUCCUCCACCAUUGCCUUCCACAUAAGCUCAGCCGCUUCCCCAUCAUCCUCAUCUUGUACAUAUUUUAUAAUCUCAUGUGGAAACAAAGCAUCCGACUUUAUUAUGCCAAUGCCACCUCUUAAAUUGCCUCCUCAUCCUGCUGCUGCUGUUGCUUUCACCUCCUCCAAGUCCUUCUCAACAACAUAG